UUUCAACUUCCCGACGCCAGCGCAAGAGUUGCCCUGAUUUGCCGGGACGGCGUGAGCGAGCGGCGCCGAGGCCAUGCGGUGAGUCUUGUGAAGAAAACAAUCUGAAGACAAUGCAUCUGUGACCCCUGAUCCCAGUUUGCGAGCCAGGGCGAUGGAAGUUGUAGAGCAUACUGCUCCCGUGACAGUUCCCAAUGGAUAUGCCAACAGGGUUUUCCAAGGAAACAUGGAGGAAGGGAGCACUGAUGCGCUGGAGGCCUGCGGUGCCGAGCGCUGCACCUCCAGUGACGCCAUCCCCAGCGAGCGGGAGGAGCCACCCAGGUAUAAGAAGAUGACCAAGGGCAGCCGGAUCUGGAACUUCGUCAGACGAAGGAAAGGACUCUCCACGAGUAAAGAUAGACCUCAGUCCAUGAUCCUGCUGGGAGUGGCCUCUGAGGCGCCGGAAUUGAAAAAGCCAUCCUUCAUGGAGAGGGUACGGUCGUCGAAAAAGGGAAGAUCUUCCAGGACGCCCAAGAACGUGGAUUUGAGAGCAUCCAGAGGGCAGGUGGCGUGUGACCCCGAGGAGGAGCCCCCUGCCAGCGGGCAGAGAGCUGUGUACAGGGUGAAGAAGCUGGGGGACGGUCGGAGGCCCUCCCGCCACUCGUACGCUGGGUACAUCGAGGAUUUGGAUUCCUCUUUUGAAGACAUAGAGCUGAACAUCAGCAUUCCUGAACUUGAUGCCACUGAAAGCAAAUGUCUCAGGGAUAUUAAUGUCAGAUUACACAGUGAGGAUAAUGAUGGUAACUGCCACAGAAUUGCAGCCAGAAAGAGCGAGUCUUUGAAUUUUGAAAACCUGAAGAGUCCCGCAACUGCAGAAGGGGACAGUCAAAAGAGGUGUGCUGUACUCCCACAGGAGAGCAGGAGAGGAAGAAGUUCUGAUGUCUGGAGCUACCUGAAAGGGAUUUCAUUAACUAGCAAAGAUAAUUCAAAGCUUCUAGAUCAAAGGCCUGAAACCAAUUUCCAGAACUUAGAAAAUACAACUGAUCAUUCCGCUUCUUACUUUGACUUUGAUACGAGAUGUGAGGAGAAUCCCAGCCAGCGGAAAAAAACCAACGGUGCCUCCAAGGCCACUCACUUUGGGGGGGUUGUGAGGUUCCUGAGCAGCGUGGCCGAGGCAGCUCGGAGGCUGCGAGGCUCCUCCAGGGCAUUUUCCCCCGAUGAGAAGAGGCCCCAGCGGAGUUUCCGAGGCUGGAGGCCGGAUGUUGCCUCGCACAGGGAGGGCUUGGUUAUCGAGAACGAGAGCGCCAAGGCCUUCUGCACGGUGGGGGCAUGUCUGCAGUCCCCGGACUCGGGCACCUGGGAGAACCUGAGCUUUGAGAGUUUGGUGGGGAAGGAGCCCAUGCAGCACUGCAGAGCCACAGAAGGGUCCAAAGAUAUUGGUUCCUCUGCCCUGGGCAGUGGGAAUGACAGGCUUAAUGGAACAUCACCUUCUCCCUUUGUGCCAGAACCAUCCCUCUCCCACCUGCCAGAGCUUGCAGGUGGCUCUUUCACUGAGCUAAACAGCAAAGACCCCUCUGAGGAUCUGAUUGAAGUUCCCCAGACGACUCUGACUGACACAGUUCAGGACUUGGGCAGUACUUCAGAAAGGACACAGGUCAUGGGCAGGGACCUGCCACCUUCUCAGGAUCUUCCUAGAGAUGCUGUGGACCUGGGCCAUUCUCCAGCUGCCAGUGGUGACUUUCCUGCAGAAACUGAGGCUCAGAUCCACCCUCCACUGGCUUUGCCAACUGAAAUUGAUACUGAGGCCCUGGGUUGUGCUCCAGUGGUUGCUAAAGACAUGGAUCCAUCUCCAGCAGUGGCUCAGGAGCUUUCAAAGGCAGAACUGGAUAUUCAGGAGUUAAGAAGUCCUGAGCUGCCUUUGCAAAACUUGUCUGGAGGUGAGCUGGGGACUCAAGACACUGGCACUACCCUGGAGAGGGCUGUGGGCAGGGACCUGCCACCUUCUCAGGAUCUUGCUGUCAGUACUCUGGACUCUGCAGACCUGGGCUGUUCUCCAGCUGCUGAUGGUGACUCCUCUGCAGUGACUGAGGCUCAGAUCCACCUUCCACAGACAUCGCCGACUAAACUUGAUACUGAGGACGUGGCUUGUGCCCCAGUGAUUGCUAAAGACAUGGAUCCAUCUCCAGCAGCGGCUCAGGAGCCUUCAAAGGCAGUGCUGCAUAAUCAGGACUUGAGAAAUCCUGAGCUGCCUUUGCAAGACUUGUCUGAGGGUGAGCUGGGGGUUCAGGACUUGGGCAGUACUCUGGAGAAGACACAGGUUGUGGGCAGGGAUGUGCCACCUUCUCAAGAUCUUCCUGUGAAUAAGCUGGAUACUGUGGACUUGGGCCAUUCUCCAGCUGCCAAUGGCGACUUUUCUGCAGUGACUGAGACUCUGAUCCACCUUCCAGAGACAACCCCAACUGAGGAGAUUCAAGACACUGUGAGUACCCUGGAGAAGAGUCAGGUCAUGGGCAGGGACCUGCCGCCUUCUCAGGAUCUUCCUGUGAAUGCCCUGGACACUGCAGACCUGGGCUGUUCUGCAGUUGCUGACGUUGACUUCUCUGUAGUGACUUUCUUGAAGUGUUCCACAGUGAAAAGGCAGGUUUUGGAGCAGACUGAUGGCCGCUUUAGGAAGCGGGGAACCACUUCAUUUGUAGAGCAGAACUCAGUAGAGCUCACAGAAGGAGUGGAAGGGUUUAACUGCAGCUCCGAGUGCCGGCCCUUCCAAGUGCACGUCUCCAGGAUUGUCUCCUCCGGGCGGCUCAAAAACGGAAAGCCAGCAUCCCAUCCUGCCCAGCCAUCCCCGCAGGCACCCCCGUUCAAGGUGCUGGUGGAGAGGUGCCGCUCGGAGCCGCUGUCGCAGAGCACGCCGAUGGGGCUGGACCAGCUGGGCGGGCGCAUGCAGCACCUGCUGCGGAGGAGAGCUGAGAACGAACAGGCUUCAAAGACUCUGAAGGUGCGCGGGAACUGCAGGAACGGUGGCCGUCGGUGGAACCUCUUCAAGCCUGGAGCUGAGAAGCUGCAGAUCAGUAGGCUGAUCAGUGGUGGUUCCAUUGUAAGUGCUGAGGCAGUAUGGGAUCACGUCACCAUGGCCAACCGGGAGUUGGCGUUUAAAGCAGGAGACGUUAUCAAGGUCCUGGAUGCUUCCAACAAGGACUGGUGGUGGGGUCAGAUCGAUGAUGAAGAAGGAUGGUUUCCAGCCAGCUUCGUGAGGCUAUGGGUAAACCAGGAGGAUGGGGUGGAGGAGGGGACCAGCGAUGUGCAGAAUGGCCACUUGGAUCCCAGCGCCGACUGCCUGUGCCUGGGCAGGACCGUGCAGAACCGCGACCAGAUGAGAGCCAACGUCAUCAACGAGAUCAUGAGCACCGAGCGCCACUACAUCAAACACCUCAAGGACAUCUGCGAGGGUUACCUAAAGCAGUGCCGGAAGAGGAGGGACAUGUUCAGUGAUGAACAGCUAAAAAUCAUCUUUGGGAACAUCGAAGACAUCUACAGAUUUCAGAUGGGCUUUGUCCGGGACUUGGAGAAGCAGUACAACAACGAGGACCCCCAUCUCAGUGAGAUUGGACCGUGUUUCCUGGAGCACCAAGAUGGAUUCUGGAUCUAUUCCGAGUACUGUAACAACCACCUGGAUGCGUGCAUGGAGCUCUCCAAGCUGAUGAAGGACAGCAGGUACCAGCACUUCUUCGAGGCGUGCCGCCUGCUCCAGCAGAUGAUCGACAUCGCCAUCGACGGCUUCCUGCUCACACCGGUGCAGAAGAUCUGCAAGUACCCCCUGCAGCUGGCAGAGCUGCUCAAGUACACGGCCCAGGAGCACAGUGACUACAGGUACGUGGCCGCUGCCCUCGCCGUCAUGAGGAACGUGACUCUGCAGAUCAACGAGCGGAAGCGGAGGCUGGAGAACAUCGACAAGAUCGCUCAGUGGCAGGCCUCUGUCCUGGACUGGGAGGGAGAUGAUAUCUUGGACCGCAGCUCGGAGCUGAUCUACACGGGGGAGAUGUCCUGGAUUUACCAGCCUUAUGGACGGAACCAGCAGCGAGUUUUCUUUCUCUUUGAUCACCAGAUGGUUCUCUGCAAGAAGGAUCUGAUAAGAAGAGAUAUUCUGUAUUACAAAGGGCGCAUAGACAUGGAUAAGUAUGAAGUGGUGGAUAUAGACGAUGGGAGAGAUGAUGACUUCAAUGUCAGCAUGAAGAAUGCCUUCAAACUUCAUAACAAGGAGACUGAGGAAAUGCACUUAUUCUUUGCCAAGAAACUGGAGGAGAAGUUACGAUGGCUUAGAGCUUUCAGAGAAGAAAGGAAGAUGGUAAAAGAAGAUGAAAAGAUAGGCUUUGAAAUUUCUGAAAAUCAAAAGCGGCAAGCGGCAAUGACAGUAAAGAAAGUCAGUAAGCAAAAAGGUGUGAGCUACUCCAAGUCGGUUCCUCCAGCCUACCCACCACCCCAGGAUCCAUUAAAUCAGGGACAAUACAUGGUGACAGAUGGCAUAUCCCAGUCCCAGGUCUUCGAGUUCACCGAACCCAGACGCAGCCAGGCACCAUUCUGGCAAAACUUCAGCAGGUUAACACCAUUCAAAAAAUAAUACGUAGAGAGAUGGAGAAUUUUAACUUAAAAGAACUAAAAUUUAAAAAUAAAAAUAAAUAAAAUUAUAUUUAUAGAUGGACCUUUUUUCGGAGAAGCACUGUUGCAACUAAAUAUAUAUACAUAUAUAUAUGUAUACACACAUUUUAAAAAUAAUAAUAUAUACAUAUAUGUAUAUAUAUAGAAGGACCAAAAACUUUUUUUGUUGUUUUUGGGAAGUAAUCUGCUACUAGAUACUAGGAAGCACCAAUGAUUUCUAACCAUGUGACCUGUUUUAUUUUAUUCCAUUGGUCGGACAUCUGUUGGGUUUUUAUUUUUCCCCUGUUUUUCUUCAUUUUCAUCCUGGUCGUCAUUGGCAUCCCAGAAUGCUUUCUCGCUUGUGUGACUCCGUCAUGGAAGUUCCUCAUGGACUACAUUGGUGUAUAUUUUCUUUGAUUUUAUUUAUGAGGGGGGUUGUUUGUUUUUUGGAGUGCUGGGAGGUCUCUGCUCCCUCUCCCUCCCUCUCCGUCCCUCCCUUGGCUGUCCCCGAAGUCCCCAUUCCAGUGAAGAUGUGGCCCCUUUCCCUGUCCUGCAUUCCCUGGUCUGACUCGUGCCUGUCUGGAUGUGCUCCCUGUGCUCCCGCUCCGCUGCGCAGUAUUUCUCUGGCUUUAACUGUUUCGUUGUGGGCAGGUGAAACCCAGCAGAAGGGGAAGCAGCUACUUAGGAAGUGAGAGAUGGGUUUUCCUCAGCUAAUUUUUUUGCAUUUUUUUUAAGCAUUGUCUUUUUCUCAAUUCAGUGUGAUUUGUUCACACUCGGAGUAAGACUGAGAAAAGAAUAUCAGGGGCUUUUCUUUCUUUUGCGUUGAGCUUUGUUUCUGUGGGGUUAUCUUUGAUUUAUUUUCUUUUCAAGCCGAGACACGACUCUGAAAAGCCCACUCCUAUCUUUGUUUUCCAUGCAAAGAUAAAAGCUUAAAAACCGAUGGCUUCAUGCCUCCAUCGCAGCUGGAGGAAAAUUGGCUACGAGGCUCUGACAAAUGGCCAGUUUUCUGUCUUCAGGAACUAAGGUCCCAUCCUUGGCCACACUCAGCCUGCACAGUCCUGGUUGAUGAACCACGAAUUGCCAUUUGCAGGAGCAGUGGUCCCAAAAGCGGGGACUCACUGCCCUCACUGCCUGCUCCGCUCCGGGCAUCCCAGAUCCCCAGCAGGCUGAGCUGCCGGUAGUGACCCCUUAGUGGGAGGAUCCCGGCAAGGGUUCAGCUGCUGGCAAAGCUCCCGAGCUGCAGAGGAGCUGAGAGCUGCCCUUCAGGGAAGAUACAGGUGUGACCCGAGAUGUGUAGGCGUGGUUGUGUCCCGAUCAGAGCAGUGCUCAGGUCACCCCAGGCCGUCGGUGGCUGGCAGAGGUGUAUCAGUGUCCGCGGCUCUGGAGUCACUCAGCCAAACUCCAGGUCUCUUUCUCUCUCUUUUUCUCCCUCUGGAGAUUCACAGCUCUGUUUUUAGAGACACCUCCUACAGUUUCAGCCUUAAGUACAUUUGUUUGCAAGUGCAAAAGCUUAUGUUUAAGCUUGCAAAACAAACCAUUGUGCACGAGGAUGAUUUUUUUUUUUUCCUAGGGCAAAUGAGACUGUUUAACCAGAUUUAGAAGAUGAAUUUAAAACCUUUGCAGAGCUAUUCUGCAAACUCCUUUGAAAAUGUGGGAUAAAGUGAUUGACCACGGUAUUUGUCAUUUUCCUUUGAAUCUGAUACACCACAAAAGCACCCUGAGCCAGCGAGUGUGGACAUACAUUUUUUUUUUUUCUUUGCCCCUAAGAAAUACAAUGGGAAGAGCAGAGAGUGUGAUUUCAUUAUUUCCAUGGAGCCUGUUUUACUUCAGGGCAUAUUGCAAGGGUGGCAUUAUUUUUAUCUAAGUCAAGAAAUAAUCGCUCGUAUACUUUUCACUAAUUUAGAAACUAUCAAUAACCAGCAAAGCCAGAUUAGUGUUCUGGAGUGGAAAAGUGGCCCCUCUGUGACAGGCAGCAGCCAAACACCAGGAAUUGCAAAUAGGAAGCAACCCAAUUUUAUAUCAGAAAUGAUUUUUAUGCUCUUUUGUAUCUUUGCAUUUUUAUGGUCAGAUUUGAAUACGGGGUACGUAGCAAAUAUUAUUUUGUUUCUUUACCAGAAUGGGUAUUUAACGAAGUGGAUGAGAUGGGUUCUCGGCAGUUAACUGGAAUGUUUUACUCUUCCUGAAUGGCUGGAGAGAUGCAGAGAGAGAGAGAGAGAGAGAGAGAGAAAGAGAGAGAGAGAUUCCAAAAUGUUGUCAACAUGAUGAAAAUUUCACUUAUUCCUUUGCCUUUUUAAUUGCUUAGGGGAAAAAAAGAAAAAAGUAACAAGCACAUUAGUUAAGCCUGUUCAUUUACUGUUUUGUGCCUCAGAGAGUGAGAAUGAGACAUCCAUAAUUUUUAUGAGAAGAUGCUUCCUAAAUAUUCAGCACUAGGAAAAAAGAAACACCACCGCCACACCAUUAUUUGCAUCAUAAGUCAAGACUCGCUUGAUCUGACAAGGCCACUUGUUGGACUCGCAGCUUCUUUCUUAAGUGGGAAGCCCACCCGAGCCAGCACUGCCCGAGCAGAGCAGCUGCAGGCGCGUGUUCCAGAGGGAAGAGGGGCUUGGCUCUCAGGCAAUGGCAUCCAGGAAAGCUCUUCCCCUCCAUAAAUUGCCAAAGGUGCUGCAGCAGAUGGAGCAUUGGCACAAAGAAGAACCAGCACUGGGUCCCACUUUCCCACCUCCUGUGGCUUUCCCAGUAGGGAGCAGGGCUGGGCUGCCGCGGCGGGAGCGGCGCGGAUGCAGAUGGGGGUGAUUUGACUGAGCAUCUGGUAACAGACUUUCAUUUCAAUGCCAGACAGGAGGAACCCACUUACCAUUCCAUGUGCAGAAACAAGAGAGUUGUAACAAACUUAAAUGUUUACGGUUUUCUCUGGCUGAAUCUAUAUAUAUAUAUAUAUAUAAAAUAAAGAUUCCCUCUUCCCUAGGUAAAUGACAUGCAUUACCCCUUGACCUAGACACUAGAACAGAGGAUCUAAAUUCAAGACUUUCGCCUCCCCACCCUCUCCAAAAAGUCAAACAAGAACCAACCUAGGUGCAUCUAACAGUUGUAAAUAGAAAAUAAUACAUAGAGAAAUAUAUUUGAAAUUUGUUUCAGUUUCUGGAUGGGCACCAGCCAUCCAUUGCAAUGUUAUUGAUAGUACACUGUGGUGCUUUGGGUUUCUGGUUUUGUUCUCUUUAUGCUCUGUCAUCUUUUCAUUGCAGCUACAUUUCAGGGAACAUGUAUAUUUAGUAGCUAUUGUAAGUUCUGCAUGGCAUCACCAAGCUUAUUUUUCCUUAAGAAGAAAAGAAGAGUCUGUAGGAGUUUAAAGGCACUACGAUGACGACAGGGACUUGUAGCAGAGAAUUUAAAAAAAAAAAAAAAAAAGGUUUUUAAAAUUCUAGUUUGAAGCCAAAUACUGAUAUUUUAGUGCUUUUGGGGUUUUAAAAGUAAGAGCAAAAAAAAAAAAAAAAGAAAAAAAAAAAGAAAAAAAAGGAUUUUGGUAACCCAGCUGAUCCGCACUUGCCAGUUUUAUUAUUUUGUUUAUAUUGGACUGUUUGACCCUGUCAAACAAGUGUCAAAGUUGUGUGUAUAAAACAAAAAAAGUGUUUUAAAAAGUGUUGUAAAGACACUGAGCCUUAUGAAAAUAUUUAUGGAAUUAAAUAAAAAGAAGUGAAAAGGCA